GAGAUGAGGCGGAGAGAAGCAAAAGAAGAUAUAUAGAAGCGGGAGAGAGGGAAGCAUGAGAAAACCCAACGGUUUCGGAGCAGAACGGCGCAUUUUAGCGAGAAUGGUGCACCCGGUGGCGGAGGCCAACGAUAAGAGCCCAUUCGGCUCCCUCACUGCCGACGAGUUCUACGCUCGUCACUCGGUGAGUCACGGCUCCGAGUUCAUCACUAACUCUCGAGGCCUCAAACUCUUCACUCAGUGGUGGACCCCGCUCCCUCCCACCCCCGUCCUCGGAAUCGUCGCCCUCGUCCACGGUUUCACCGGCGAAUCCAGCUGGUUCGUCCAGCUUACCGCCGUUCACUUCACCAAGGCUGGAUUCGCCACUUGCGCAAUCGAUCACCAAGGCCACGGCUUCUCCGACGGCCUCGCCGCUCACAUCCCCGACAUUAACCCAGUCGUUGACGACUGCAUUUCUUUCUUCGACUCCUUUCGUUCCCGCUACGACUCUUCUCUUCCUUCCUUCCUGUACUCUGAGUCUCUCGGCGGCGCAAUAGCACUCCUCAUCACUCUCCGCCGUCCCGAUUCGCCCGCCGGAGGGUCCAAGCCAUGGGAUGGGAUCAUCCUCAAUGGCGCCAUGUGCGGGAUUAGUGCAAAGUUCAAGCCACCGUGGCCACUCGAGCACUUUCUUUCACUCGUGGCUGCCGUAGUUCCGACGUGGCAAGUGGUUCCCACUCGCGGCUCCAUCCCGGAGGUGUCGUUCAAGGAGGAGUGGAAGAGGAAGCUGGCGAUGGCGAGCCCGAAUAGGAAGGUGACCAGGCCACGCGCGGCGACGGCGCUUGAGUUGCUGAGGAUUUGCAGAGAGUUGCAGGGAAGGUACGAAGAGGUGGAGCUACCUUUCCUGAUUGUGCACGGCGGGGAUGACGUGGUAUGCGAUCCGGCUUGCGUGAAGGAGUUGUACGCACGUGCCGCCAGUAAGGAUAAGACGUUGAAGAUAUACGAGGGGAUGUGGCAUCAGCUGAUCGGCGAAUCCAAUGAAAACGUGGAAUUGGUAUUUGGGGAUAUGGUAGAGUGGCUGCGCAGCCGCGCAUCCGGUGGGAAGGCUAAACAACGCGCCGCCGUUGAGGGGAGCGAUUAACUUCGCGCGUGCUCAGGGAUACAGUAUAAGUAGCGUUGGGAUUGGGAACUUAAUAAAAAGAAGCAAUAGCAAGGUGCCAUGUAAUCUGGAGACCAUCCCAACCUAGGUACGUGUGUACUGACUAUUGGGUAAAAAUAGACGUACGAGCAAUGUUGGAGUAAAGUUAAAGAAACGCUCAGAUGUUCUCUCUUUGGUUUCAUUACUAUCCCUGUUCGUGGCGUUAGCAACCUGUGUAAAAAAAUAGUUUAAAAUUACUCAAAAUAAGUUGAUCUAAAUACUUACCCAGUCGCUUGUUCCCUCUA